ACGAAUAUUCUUAGGUGUUACUCGAUUAGUCUGUUUCCAUUUGUUAUUUGGCAACGAUAGGUCACCAUGAUUUUUCGUUGCUUUUUAGUAACAUUUGCUCUUUUAAGUGCUCCAAUUUUGAGUAAUUGUUUCGCUAUUGAUGCGGAACUCAAGUUACUUCCAAAAGAUGCUAAUGCCGUCGGUGCACUUCAAAGAAUAGUCCUCUUACAAGAUUUGAACUUGAAGAAUUUGAAUCAAAAACUGGAUUAUUACGGACUUCCAGGCUUAGAUAUCAUACCUACCGAAGUAGCUCUAAACGAAUACCGAUUUUCACUAUCACAGACCUUACAAUUUGUUCAACUUUCAAGAUUUCUUGCACCAAACAUCUACAACGAAAUUGUCUUACUUGCCGGUCCCCCUGUUAGUGCUAUUGCAGACGUUUUUCAACAAAACAACAUUGAAGACAUUAACGGACUUAUUAACGAAUUGGAUUUGUCAAUCCGCAGAAUUUUUCUACCGUUUAAACCAAAGAAUGCUUUAGAAAGGAAAAAGAGAGAUGCCGAAAAGGCCUUGUCUUUGCAAGGUAAAGACGCGGACAUUGAUGCCCUGUGGAAUUUUGUUUUGGGAAGUUUUAAGGAUAUUAUCAACAACCAAGUGGAAUCAUUAACAUCUCUACUUAUUUCUCAAAUCAAUACAAGGAUAGAAGGAGUUAUUGCCGAAAUCCGUGCGUGGAAUUUGAAAGGUUUUGCACUUGAUAUUUCGGAAAGUGUAAUUGGAGUUCUUCAACUUAUUUCGAGCAUAAUUAUAGAGCAGUUGCAUGGUUUCCAGUCGUAUGUUGCUAAUCAGUUAAUUUCCAUUCCGUCUCUCAAUUAAAACAACAAACAACACACUAAAGAUAGAUUAAAUGGUAAUGAAAAAUGAGCAGAUAGUAGAAAUAUUUUGGUGUAAAAAUCAAUUACUUUGAUAAAAUAUUUCUUUUUUGUGCUGUAAUGAAUUAUACCAUUUUCUUUUUAUAUAAUUUCGCUUAAAUAUGCAUACGUGUAUAUUUUUGCAUCUGUAAAUAAAGUAUAACAAUUC